GAGCCUCCCGCCUUGGUCUCCCAGAGUGCUUAGGGUGAGCCGCCACGCCCACGCCCGUGCCCGCCGGGCCUUUCUGGUGGUUCAUUUAACCGGAGGCAAGAACUUUAGCAGCACUAGGGGCCAUAGCGGAGGCAGGAGGGUGGUAUUUCUUUCCAACCUUAUGGAAGCCCUUUUACAACCAACCUGUCAUCUCUCCCAGCCCCAGGCGUUAGGCUGCCAACCGGGCCUCUUUCUGUUGGACUGCCCCUAGAUCUGAAACUUCUCUUGCCAGUGUUGUCCCAGUCGGAGGAGAGGGGGAUCAAGGUUGAUUCAGUCCUGGCAGACCCCUUCUUCUCUUUCAUUUGGGUGGGUGGGAGCGGAGCAACCAUACGGCCUGGGCGGAGCUGCCAUCCGCCCAGAUCGCGCUCUGGGAGGCUUCUCCGCAGCCGGGUGGCACUUCCUGAUUCAGUUCACCUGAGCCCCGCAAAGGGCCAAGAUGGGGACCCCGCGCAGGACCGAGGGCUUCACGAGCGCCGAGGAGCGGAUCCAGCCCAGCGCCCACGAACCGCUCUGGUCCCGGACGGGGCUGGACUGCAGCGAGUGAGGCUGAGCGCAGUGGCAGGGCGGCGGCGCUGGCAGUAGUGUUGCGGAAGUGCUGCUUAGCCCACGCCCGGGGUUGUGGCUCCGGGGCGGGCGUGUACAGAGUCCCGGCAGGGGGCGCUGGCGAACCGGCCCGCCCCGCGCAGCCCUAGGAAGUGCACUGAGCGGCGGCGGUCCCGCGGCGCGCGCUCCCUGACUGCCGAGCGGCCCGGGCACGUGCCCGGCAGGUGCUGUCAGGAGGUGCUGAGGCUGGACCGUCAUGGUGGAGCCAAGUAGAGAGGAGUAUAAGAUCCAGUCUUUUGAUGCAGACACCCAGCAGUUGUUGAAGACAGCACUGAAAGAUCCAGGUGCUGUGGACUUGGAGAAAGUGGCCAAUGUGAUUGUGGACCAUUCUCUGCAGGACUGUGUGUUCAGCAAGGAAGCAGGACGCAUGUGCUACGCCAUCAUUCAGGCAGAGAGUAAACAAGCAGGCCAGAGUGUCUUCCGGCGUGGACUCCUCAACCGGCUACAGCAGGAGUACCAGGCUCGGGAGCAGCUGAGAGCACGCUCCCUGCAGGGCUGGGUCUGCUAUGUCACCUUUAUCUGCAACAUCUUUGACUACCUGAGGGUGAACAACAUGCCUAUGAUGGCCCUGGUGAACCCCGUCUAUGACUGCCUCUUCCGGCUGGCCCAGCCUGACAGUCUGAGGAAAGAGGAGGAGGUGGACUGCUUGGUGCUGCAGCUGCACCGUGUUGGGGAGCAGCUGGAGAAGAUGAAUGGGCAGAGGAUGGAUGAGCUCUUUGUCCUGAUCCGCGAUGGCUUCCUGCUUCCAACUGGCCUCAGCUCCCUGGCCCAGCUGCUGCUGCUGGAGAUCAUUGAGUUCCGGGCGGCCGGCUGGAAGACGACCCCGGCUGCUCACAAGUAUUACUACAGUGAGGUCUCAGACUAGCCUGGAUACAGGCUUCCUCACCUGCAGCCGCCUUUCUAUCCACUUCCCAAGAUUACAGUGGAGACUCUCUCUCCCAAAGACUUCCCUUUUCAGUCUUCCAGCAUCUUCCCUUGUAGACUUCCUCAACCCUAGCGAAAUGUUCCCCACUUAAGCGGUGGUCCUGCCCUGAGCCCCUCCACCCCCCCAUUCAGGGUUGGGGAAUAGAGUUCUGUCAGCCUCUCUCCCACCACCUCCCUCCUGGGCCAGGCAGGGAAGGGCAACUCCUAACAACAGUUGUCUACAACCAUUUUUACAAUAGCUACCUUGGUGCCUUGGUUUCUCCAUGUGUAAAAUGGGUAACCAUGGCCAUUGGUGGGAUGCUUUGGGAUGUGAAGGAGCAGAGGCACAGCACAAGUCACACUAGAAACUGCUUUUUACACAUUUUGUACAGGGAUCCACUUUGGAAACAAACAUAUUUUCUCCAGUCACUUUUAAUGAACAAAAGGAUCCUAGUACAUGCUGUACCAGGUCAGUGAGAACUUUCUAAUAAAUCUUUUCUGAUACUAACACUGCCUC